ACUUCCUCAAACUUCUCGCUUGCAGCACGCGCACCCCCAGCAGCAGGUCCUCCCGGAGCAGGAAACGAAACCGAGCUUCUGCAGGCUUCACACGGGCGCGCGUGCGGCUGCGUGACCCCCCCCCCCCCCCCCCCCCCCCCCCCCUACCCCCCCAUUCAAACCUCCCUCUCAAAUGGCGGGUGAGAGACGCGGACCAGCAGCGACACGAGCCCGUGUCCUCGCGCCGCUGCUGCUGCUCACCUGCUGCGUCAGGUGCGCGGCGGCCGGCGGCGGACCGAGCAACAUCAUCCUCAUCCUGGCCGACGACCAGGACGUUCACCUGGGGGGGAUGAUUCCCAUGAAGAAGACGAAAGCUUUGAUUGGAGACGCAGGAGCAACAUUUGUGAACGCGUUCACGGUGACCCCGCUGUGCUGCCCCAGCAGGAGCAGCGUGCUGACGGGUCGGUACCCCCACAACCACGAGGUGAGGAACAACUCCCUGUCGGGGAACUGCUCCAGCGCCGCGUGGCAGCAGGGGCCCGAGGCCUCGGCCUUCCCCGUCUUCCUCGGCAAGCAGAAGUACCAGACCUUCUUCGCUGGGAAAUACCUGAACCAGUACGGGAAGAAAGACGUGGGCCAUGUUCCACCCGGCUGGGACCAGUGGCACGCACUGGUGGGGAACUCUCAGUACUACAACUACACGCUGUCCGUCAACGGCAAAGAGGAGAAGCACGGAGACGUCUACGAGGCGGACUACCUCACGGACCUCAUCACGAACCGCUCCCUCCACUUCCUGGACGACCGGAGCCCCCAGCACCCGUUCUUCCUCAUGCUGGCUCCUCCGGCUCCUCAUUCGCCAUGGACGGCGGCGCCGCAGUACGAGAAGCAGUUCGCCGACGUCAAAGCCCCCCGAGACGGGAGCUUCGACAAGGCCGGCAAGGACAAACACUGGCUGCUGCGUCAGCCCGUCAACCCGAUGCCCGAGAGCUCCCUCAACUUCCUGGACAGCGCGUACAGGAAGAGGUGGCAGACGCUGCUGUCUGUGGACGACAUGGUGGAGGCGCUGGUCCAGAAGCUGGACAGCAUCAAGGAGCUGAACAACACCUACGUCUUCUACACCUCGGACAACGGCUACCACACGGGUCAGUUCUCGCUGCCCAUCGAUAAGAGGCAGCUGUACGAGUUCGACAUCCGGGUCCCGCUCAUGGUCCGCGGCCCGGGAAUCAAACCCAAGCAGACACUGCAGGCUCCGGUGUUGAAUAUCGAUCUGGCUCCGACCAUACUGGACAUUUCUGGGACCAACCUGUCGUCUGUGAACGUGGACGGACAGUCGUUCCUCCCUCUGAUGGCCCCUUCUCUGCGUAACGGCACCGCUCGGCCCUUUUUCCUCGUGGAGUACACCGGGGAAGGGCAUCAAACGUCCGAUCCCUCUUGUCCCAAACUGGGCCCCGGACUGUCUCAAUGUUUCCCCGACUGCGUGUGUGAAGACGCCUUCAACAACACGUACGCCUGCGUCCGCACGCUCGAGCGCCAGCACGACCUCCAGUACUGCGAGUUCGCAGACAGCGAGUCGUUCGUGGAGGUGUACAACCUGACGUCGGACCCCCACCAGCUGGAGAACAUCGUGAAGAAGGUGGAUCCGGCCGUCCUGCAGGCGAUGAACCAGCGGCUCAUCAAGCUGCAGUCCUGUCAGGGCGACAGCUGCCGUGUCGGCAACUAGACGUCUGCUUAACCGGCUUCACUCGCCUCGUGAAGUCGCACGAGGAAAAAAAGUUUUUAAAGUGUAACGGACGGCUGGAUUCGGUUUCGGGGUCCUCCCCGUUUCUCACUUUCAUGGUUUACGGGGACGCGAGAGCGGAGCCGUUGGUGAAGGACACGUUUUGAUAUUUUUGGGAAAUGCAUCCUGCUGGACGAGGAGAUUUAUACCUUGUGUACGAUUUAUUGAAUAUGCAGCUUAGCUUAGCAUAAAAACUGGAAACACAUUGCGGUUGUACAAGGAGGUAUUUCUUGGUUGAUGGGGAAUCGUCCUUGUAUAUUAAUAGCAUUUGUACUUUUACACGUUUUUGUACACGCCCUCCACCAGAAAGUAUAUUUCCCAAAACCUCAAACUUUUCCUUGUAUGUUGUGAAAUUAAUAGUUUUUUCUUCUUCUGAGCUGUGCACAAAUAUCUCUAAAUAAAAGUUUAUUAUAUUUAAGAUAAACUCCUCGGUAUAUGACGCAGAACUACCGUUCAGUCUUUCUGCUCAUGGACCGAAGCGUAAACUUCUGUUCUUCUUAAUUAUCACGUUUCAAAAUGACAUCUGAACAUUUUAGUUUUUCACCGUUUUCACAACCGAAGGUUUAUGAUCGUUUGAGAUUCUGGGAAAUACGCUUCUUAACUUUCCUGCAGGGAAGAUUAAUUUCACUCGUGUCCGUCUGUUCCGUAUAAAGCGCUAACCAGCAGCUAGUUAGCUUAGCACAAUAAAUAUGGUGUCUUUUGGCCAAAACAAGUUCAGCCCUUUCCUCCCGUUUCCAGUCUUUAUGCUAAGCUAGGCUAACCUGACGGUCGCCAUCUUUUCAUCCAGCGCCGACCCGCGUCCUCUGUUUUGAGCUCGCAUUUUAAUCUCUGCAGAACUUCCAAUGAAGGAAGUUGAGACAUUUCAGUCUUUUCUUGAACGUCGUCUCCGAUUUUUGUGCCUCGAGGUUUGAAGACGGGUCAAAAACUUUUACAACGUUUUUUUAAUUCUCAUGUUUAAUAUUUUACACGUAAUAACGUUUAUAUAAAGAGCCUUUAUUGAAGCGGAGGACGGGAAAUGUGAUGUCAUACUUUGUGUGUUGACGGUUUUUGUUGCACAGACGAGGCUCACGAGCUUUAAAUGUGAAUGUUUUUUGCACUGUGAGGAAAUUUAAAUAAAUCAAAAGAAGCAUUUAAA